AUGUUGGUCGUUAACUCGCUGUUGAAGCUGCUGCAGCGGCAAACCUACACCUGUCUGUCUCACAGAUACGGGCUUUACCUGUGUUUCGGAGGACUGGUGCUCAUGAUCGUCUCCGCCUUUCAAUUUGGAGAGGUUGUAGUUGAAUGGAGUCGAGAUCAGUACCAUGUUUUGUUUGAUUCCUACAGAGAUAAUGUUGCUGGAAAAUCUUUUCAAACGAGGCUUUGCCUCCCGAUGCCCAUCGAUGUGGUGUACACGUGGGUGAAUGGCACAGACACAGGCCUGCUGAAGGAUCUUCGUGCUGUCAGACAGAGGCUGGAAGAAGAACAGAAGGCCCUGAGGGAACGUCUGGGAAAAAAUGGCUCUGAAAUAACAGAAGCUCCUAAAGGGAGGCCAGAAUGUCUGCUGUCGCACUGCAUUAUGGGUCCAGUGCUGGUGCUGGAUCCUGCUCUUCCUGCCAACAUCACCGUGAAGGAGCUACACACCCUUUCAGCCGCUUUCUCUUCUGCUAAAGAGCUCCUGCAGGUGGCCAAACCUCUGCAUCCGUCCAGCAGUGUCACUGCGCUCCUCUUCCACUCUAACACUGAAGCUGAAAAAGCUCAUGCAGAUGCUUUGAAGGAUCUCCUGACACACUCCAUCAGCAGAGGUUACCUGACGACAGAUAAAGAGGCUCCGGGACUGGUCCGCAUGCACACCCUGGCCUACUUGAGCGGCUUUCCAGCAUCACUGAAGGAAACUGAGCAGCUCCGGGUCAAACUGCCAGCUGUAGUGACCAGUAAAACCAAACAGUUGCAGUUAUACUCUGAAGCCAGCAUCGCUCUUCUCCACCUGAACACAGCACAGGAUUUCACUGAUCUCACACAGCAGGCCAAGAAGAACCUGACGCUGGAUGGGAAAGAGCUGACGGUCAGCCCCGCGUUCCUGUUCUGGGACCUCACUGCCAUCUCACAGUCUAAGCAGGAUGAGGAUGUUUCUGCCAGUCGCUUUGAAGACAAUGAAGAGCUUCGUUAUUCACUGCGCUCCAUCGAGAAGCACGCGCCCUGGGUGCGGCACAUCUUUAUCGUAACAAACGGACAGAUACCAUCUUGGCUUAACCUGGAUAAUCCACGUAUUUCAGUUGUUACUCACAAGGAUAUUUUCCAGAAUCAGACUCAUCUGCCUACAUUUAGUUCUCCUGCCAUAGAGACCCACAUCCACCGCAUCCCAGGACUUUCCCAAAAGUUCAUCUACCUCAAUGAUGAUGUCAUGUUCGGCAAGGAUGUGUGGCCUGAUGACUUCUAUAGCCACUCCAAAGGCCAAAAGGUGUAUCUUACCUGGCCUGUGCCAAACUGUGCUGAGGGCUGUCCAGGCUCCUGGAUCAAGGACGGCUACUGCGACAAGGCCUGCAACAACUCUGCUUGUGACUGGGAUGGAGGAGACUGUCAAGGCACUGCAGGCAGCAGUCGCUUUGGUGGAGCGGGCGGCUCUGUGAUCGGCGGUGGGCAGCCCUGGCAGUUUGCAGGUGGUCUUGGAGGUCUGGCUGGCAUGUCCUUCUGUAAUCAGGGCUGUGCUAACUCUUGGUUGGCUGAUAAGUUCUGUGACCAGGCGUGCAAUGUUCUGGCCUGUGGGUUUGAUGUGGGUGACUGCGGACAAGACAAUUUAAACCAGCUGCACCGCAUCGUGUUGCGCAGGAACCAGACUCUGUACACCCUUCCUCAAGGAGAGCUUAGACCAUAUUUCAGCUUCUCCGGCCUGGCGAACCGCGUGUCCGAGGCUCAUGUAGCUGAUAACCAAGUCCUAAGACACACUUCAGUUGCCAACAAAUGGAAAACCAUCCACCUGCUGCUGCUUCCAGGACACAAUGCCACCCAAAUCCACUACAACAUCACCUUCCAGGGCACAGACCACCACGACUUCACCAUGACCUUCUCAGUAAGUGUUGACACGCGAGAGCUGCCCAAAUCAAACACAUCCACUCCAGUGCGGGACAAAGAAGAAGAGCCCAAACCAACUGUAGUGACCCCUGAACCAGAAGUCCCAUUCGAAGCUGUUCCCAAAGAAAAACAAGGCCCUAAAGUUAGAGAACAAACACAUGUUGAUGUACAGGUGCCUGUGUUAAAUGAGACUCUUUUGCCUGACGUAGUGAAGCUGGAGUUGAAAAAGCUGGACGAGAAGCUAUCGUUGGGCGACAUUACUAUUAAAGGCUUUAAUUUGACCAAAGCGGUGCUGUUGGGGCCCUAUAAAGAGAAAGCUCAGUUUACAUUCAAACAUGAAAAGGACAAAGAAGAAAAGCAGAAACCUUCUUCAACGGCUCAGCUUCUGAAUGAGAGAGCAGCAGCAAGGGUGAAAAGAGAAAAUGGCGAAAAUGUUGAUAAGCUGAAGCCGGUUGCUCCAUCUCUGGUGCCGGUUCAGAUCGAUGAUGUCACAAAAAAAGCUCAGUCGCGGUUGUUCAACAUAGAGAAACCUCAUAUGUUUAAUCUUCUUAGUAACCUGAAGGGGAACUUAUCUAAGGAGAGGGAUUCAGACAGCGAGGGUCAUCUCCGCGGGCGGCCAACGGGUCGUAGGCUUCAGUUUUACAGCGACAGCUUGAACAGAGGUUUCUUGCCGUGGGAGAAGAGGAAGUUCUUUCAGGAUCUGAUGGAGGAAGUGGAUCGUCUCCAGACUGAACUGCAGUACGCAGCUGACCGCACCGCCUCUGGACGCAGACUGCAGGACACUUUUGCAGAUUCACUCCGAUAUGUCAACCGACUGUUAAAUGCUCAGUUUGGCUUCACCUCCCGCAAAGUGCCUGCGCACAUGCCUCACAUGAUAGACAGACUCAUCAUGCAGGAACUACAGGACACUUUUCCUCAGGAGUUUGAUAAAACCUCUUCUCACCGUGUGCGCCAUUCUGAGGACAUGCAGUUUGCUUUCUCUUAUUUUUACUUCUUAAUGAGUGCGGUGCAGCAGCUCAAUAUAUCUGAAGUGUUUGAUGAAAUCGACACAGAUCACUCCGGUGUGCUGUCUGACCGAGAGAUCCGGACACUGGCCACACGCAUCCAUGAGCUGCCCUUAAGCCUUCAGGAUUUGACCAGCCUGGAACAGAUGCUUAUAAACUGCUCAAAAUCUCUUCCAUCCAACCUCACGCACCUCCACGCUGUCAGUCCCACCCAGGAGGCCUAUUACGACCCCGGCAUGCCACCAGUCACCAAAGGUUUAGUGAUCUACUGUAAACCCAUCACAGAGAGGAUCCACAAAGCUUUCAGAGACCAGAAUAAAUACAAGUUUGAAAUUAUGGGUGAAGAGGAGAUCGCAUUUAAGAUGAUACGAACCAACGUCUCUCAUGUAGUCGGGCAGCUCGAUGACAUUAGAAAGAACCCUAGGAAGUUUAUUUGCCUGAACGACAACAUUGACCACAGUCAUAAGGAUGCGGGCACGGUAAAAGCGGUACUGAGGGACUUCUAUGAGUCCAUGUUCCCACUGCCAUCUCAGUUUGAGCUACCCAGAGAAUACAGAAACCGCUUCCUCCACAUGACUGAACUGCAGGAGUGGCGAAUAUACAGAGACAAGCUGAAGUUCUGGACCCACUGUGUGCUGGUGACAUUAGUCGUCUUCACUGUCUUGUCUUUCUUUGCUGAGCAGCUGAUCAUGCUGAAACGACGGCUCUUCCCAAGACGCAGAGUCAGCAAGGACGCAAACCCAGAGCGGGUAUGACCUUUCCCCAGAAAACAUGAAGUAGUGGAGCCGUACUUGAGUCAGACUAGCCCCAAAUGGAGAUGUUGGGAUGAAGCUUAAAGGUACAGGCCUCCUCCACAAAGGGGCAUUAGUGGGACACACAGACACUCCACAUGGCGUAUUGAAUGUGAACUCAACUCAAUGGCCAAUAUUGAGUGCGAGUUGCCAUAAACCCUGACUUAGGAUUUUUAUUUAUAUGGGAAACUUAAGGGUAAAAGUAUUACCCAGCAGUCUCUUUAUCCGGUCUUUCCUUCCUCAUUCUUACAGUGCCUUUCUUUUACACAUGAAUGAAACUGGUUCUUUCUGUCUUCUUUCAUCUUUCGGACUCUCUAAAUUCUUUAAAAACCGAACAGCAAGCUUGAUAUCUAUCAAAAAUGGAGGUAUUUCCUUCUCUUUUUAAAAGCAUGCCAUUUUUCUUUUUGCUUGAAGUCCUUCACGUGAUUGUCUCUUAGCGGGACAUUAAAUUCUGACUUUGUCUGAAAUUCAGAUGCCACCAUGUGUGUGGCCCUCAUGUGUAUUGAUUAACUGCUCACCUUCAGGUGUCUUUUAAAGGGAUUGUUUUUUUUUUUUUUUGGAUAAACAAGUUGCGACUACUGACCCCAAACUUCAGGGCUGACAAAACACGAUGAAUAAUCAUGUCGUUCUGGGAUCAAGUUCCCUGUUUACUUUUAUUUAUUGGGUUAUGAAAGACACCAUCGUAAUAUACAAGCGUAUCUUUGUGUUAUUUUGAUGGUCAAAUUGUUUAAGAAAAUAUCUUUUAGGUCUUUAAAUUACGCUGAUGAUUUGCCACUUUUUGUGUCAAUCUGAAAAUGUAAGCAGAAAACGGUGCCUCUUAUUUGUUUUUUUUUAAUUGUUCGAGCAAAGUUUGAUAAUGAACGUUACUUAAUCUGAAUGCCGUACCAUAAUGAAACAGCCAAAUCUGUUUAUUAAUUAAAAGUCUUUUAAAAUCA